GACUAAUCUAUGUAAACACUAAAAAUCCUCAAAAACUCCUAGAGAUGUCAAGAAUCUUCUGACAGUUAGGGCAUUCCCGAUAAAAUGCUUUUUUAUUGUCUUAGUUGCACAGUAAUCAUCAGUACAACUACACUAAUAGGUUGCGGGUCGCGUAAAACCAUCGAAAACCCCACAGACAUCGUCCCUGAAGAAUUACUGGAGAUUGGACUGAUAGGCGGUACUCCCACCGAAAUAAAAAAAUUUCCGUUCCUGGUUUCCAUCCAAAAGCUAUCGAUACCAAGAUGCGUAGGAUCUCUGAUAACCGCUUCGUGGGUUUUGACCGCUGCCCAUUGUCUGGUGGACUUGAAUCGGAAAACGAUUUUUAUGCUGGACCCAUACGAAUUUACUCUAAUAUCUGGAAGGACAGUCAUGGCAUCUGGAACGAUGGAGGGGCAAGAGAGGUCUGCUGAAAUGUUCAUCAUACAUUCCCGGUUUCAGAGGCCAUAUCUCAAGUAUGAUGUUGGUGUUAUACUAACUACCAAGCCUUUCGUACUCGGACCUACUACUCAACCCGUGGAGCUCUACACAAUGCCUCCCGAAGUGAUAACCUUCUUUCCAUCUUGUACCCUUAUUGGGUGGAAUACUGGUAAACACAGUUUUGACGAUUAUGAGGGACCAGAUUUGAAACCCAACAGCAUGAAGCUGGAGAUGAUGGAAUUGAAACUGAUGAGUUCUGCCCAAUGUAAAGCGAUUUUGAGAGGAUUGAUAUCAAUGGACAGCGUAUGCACGUAUUUAGAGGAACAAUGUCCAGGACAGUCAGGUUCACCCUUGAUCUGCGGAGAAUCGUUGUUCGGAAUCUUCAGCUGGACAGCCGGAUGUACGAAUUCUUCAUUACCUGCCAUUUUUGUGAGGGUUGCCAAAAUAUACAUCUGGGUUCAUAAUGUUACGCACGGUCAAUAUAUAGAAUCAUUUCGUAAGAGGAGCUCCCUUGCAGAAGAAUCAGGUAGAGCGUCAUUCAAUUUGAUUUAUUUACUCAAUAUCUGUAUUUUACCGAUUGUUUACUGGUAACCGCGGUUUCUAGAAAUCCCAAAAAAUGACUUUUGAGCAUGGAGAUACUUUAUCUCCAUGCUUUUGAGCCUCAAACGAUUCUUGGGGAUUUUAUCGUAUCAUAUCAAAUCGCAACACUAAUAUAUAAGUUCAAUUUUACAAGACAUUGGAGAGUAAAAA